CGCAGACCAAAACAUGUCGGAACAAACUUCCAAAGCCAUCGUUUACAAACCCCCUACCAUAUCUAAGAUCGACAGGCCUUCAGUGAUACUAUACGGUACCAUUGAGUCCGGCUCCACCAAAGAUUGGCGAGCCAGCCUCACAGCCUCACUUUCCGACCUGCCCGUCGCUAUCAUCAAUCCCAGCCGCGAUGACUGGGACAGCAGCUGGAUCGAAGACAUCUCAUUUCCAAAGUUUAAAGAACAGGUAGAGUGGGAGAUGGAGCAUGCACAGGUAGCUGAUGUCAUUGUGGUUUACUUUGCGCCGGGAACGUGUACCCCGAUUGCGUUGCUGGAAUUGGGCAUGUAUGCGGGGACAGGCAAGGUGAUUGUAUGUUGUCCUAAGGGAUUCUAUAAGAGGGGUAAUGUGGAAAUCGUCUGCCAGCGAUAUAGUGUCAAAAUGUUGGAGACGUUGGAGGAAUUGAAUGAAAAGGUCAGGGUGAGGCUCUUGGAGAGAUUGGGUUAGUGCGGAGAGAGAGUCAGAAUUGAGUGUUUGGAUUUGAGGUUACAAUUUGAGAUAUGGGCUGGCAAUCGCUGUCUUUGAGAGGGGACAUCAGCCCCGGUUUAUCCGCAAUAGGAAUGCGUUCCAAUGAGGCUAUCAUGUGCUUACUGUGGCUCAGCACGAGUCUAAUCAAUAUUGAUGUCGCCAAGG